CAUCUAUUUCCCUUCCAGCAAAGAAUCAUACGGAGUACGUAUACACUAAAGGGGAAAUAAUAAGCGAGCAAACAAUGGCAAGAAAGUGUAACAUGGCUUUGAUUGUGGCCGCCGUGGUAGCGGUGGCAGCAACCUUGUUGUAUCCCCUCACAGCCCAGCCCACCGCCGCACCCACGCCUUCCGCGGCGGCUUCUGGUGGAGUGCCCCAAACCUACACGGUUGGUGAUUAUUCAGGUUGGAUUAUCCCUCGUCCUGGUGAAGACUCUCUUUACCAAACUUGGGUUGCAAACAAGACUUUCAAAGUCGGCGACUCUUUAGUUUUCAACUUCACGACGGGUCGUCACAAUGUGGCGGAGGUGAGCAGGUCAUCUUUUAACUCAUGCAGCACAACCGCCGCCGCCAAUACGACGGGCCCCGUCACGAUCCGUAUCAGAACCACCGGCGAGCAUUACUACAUUUGCACAGUGGGUCCCCACUGUUCCUUGGGACAGAAGCUGGCCAUCAACGUCUCCGGGGAGGCCGCCGGACCGGCAGCCACUCCACCUUCAGCGGCAUCAUCCCCGCCACCGCCUUCUGUUGCCGCUACACCAGUGUCGGGUCCCGACGUCGUCCCAUCUGGACAAUCUCCGGCGGCUCAGCCUAGCACCGCCGCACCGUCAGCGGCUCUUGCGGCCUUGCCGGUCACUUUGUUCUCGGUUGCCUUAUUGGCUCUUUUGCAUUGAAUGUAAUUUAAUUUGACAAUUCAUUUACGUUUAUGAUAGAUAUACAUUGAGAUACCCAAUAAGUCAUAUGGAGUAGUAUGUAAUUAUAUUUUCACAAUUACCUUUGGUGCCUUUGUAAAUGGGAGGACAUCCAUGCCCCUCCAUUCAUUAGAUGACAUUUGUACUUUUAAUAAUAAUUAAUAGUCUAAAAGUUUAAUUAAUAAGAUUCCAUAAAUUGUUAAAAAUUGUUAAAUAACCCCAAUUUCCCGGGAAGUUUGCAUAAACUUACCCACUUUUG